AGAUUAGAUUAGAUAAUAAAUACACCAAAUAAUGAUUCAGUUACUACUAAGAUGCUUAAAAUAACACUAAUCGUUUUAUUAAUAAAAAUCGUCCACGGAGAUGAUGGUUUUUGCGAGUGUUCAUGUGAAGGCACAAAACAAGAUAUUGGAUUACCAAUCUGCGAUCAAAUAACAGGAAAAUGUGAUUGUAAACCUGGAUUUAGUGGAAAAGAUUGCGGUACUUGUAUUGAUUCAAUACCUUCAAGAAGUACGUGUAAAACAUGCGAUUGCCCAGAUCGAAAUAAUAAAUGUUUGGAUCAAACUAAUUUUAACGACUUUCUUAAAAAAUUUCAAAUAUUAAAAGAUACAAUUUUUACCGAACUCAACCCAGAAAUAAGUGAUGGAAAACUUGUAGAUUUAAAAAAGAAAAUUGAUCAGUUAUAUAACGAUUUAAAAGAUGUUCCAAAAUUGGAUUUGAUGCCUUUAAAAAAUUUAAUGAAUGAUGCUGAUGAUGUAAUUAAAAAAAUUCAAGAUAUUUUAAAUAAAUAUAAAAACGAAGAUUUAUUAAAAGAUGAUUUAAAGAAAUUAAAUGAUACCUUAGGUGUUAUCGAUGAUCUUGAAAAAGCACUGGAACAUUUAGAUGAUUACAAAUUAAUCGAUAAAUUGGUUAAAGAAGCUAAUGAUAUAUCUAAAAAUGUUGAAAAUGUCUUAGAUCAACAUGAAGAAUGUUUAGAUGUAGUAGACCAAUUUUGUAAUGGAAAAAAUACAAGUCAAAAUUUAAAAGAUGUAAUACAAGAAGCGCAAAAUGUUGACGUUAAUGAAUAUUUUAAGAGUGCAAAUAAAAGAAUAGAAGAUGUGAAGGCCACAACUAAAAUUAAUGAAAUGAACCAGAAAGACUUGGACGAAUUUGAAAUUCCAAGUCUCCCCAAAUUUGAUGAAAAAACUUUAAAAGAUAAUCAUAAGAAAUUAGAAGACAUCAACGAUCGAAUAAACCACACAGAAAAUGUAAUAAAAAGCGCCGCUGACGUACUGGGUGAUGUGAAAAAGAAAAAACAUGAAUCUAAUAUAGAAAAAGCAAGGGCUUUUAAUACUAUUUUGAUGGCCCCACGUUCAGAAAUUCAAGAUAUAAUCGAUGACAUAACAGCAACAAUUAAAAAUUCAACCGCAUUAAUCAACGAACUCAACACAAACAAAACCAAAAUCGAAGAAGAAAUGGAAAAAAUUUUAUUAAAUAUAAAAGAAAAAGAUGAUGAACUAAAAAAAUUCAAAGAACGAAUGAAUAAAUUAGAAUCUGAUCUAGCUUUGAUUGUUCCAGAAUCCGAUGUCGUAAACGGGCAUCUAAACAUGAUAGAAAAAAUGAAAGAAAACUUGGUUAACCUGACGGCUGAGUACAAAAAGAAACGUGGAGAGUAUCAAGAAUUUGAUAGGAUGCUGGACGACGAAACCAUAAAAUUUGACGCUCUAAUUACUGAGAACAUCGAAUGUUUAAAAGAAGAGACGAAACAGGUUAAUGAAAAAAUUAACGCUAAUGAAGAACUUUUAGAUAUUUUAGAAAAGGAUUUAGAUAAUGUUGUGGAAUUAGUUGAGAAGGUUGAUGCUGUCCUUGAAGAUUAUAAUGUUUUUAUGGAGAUUAAGAAAUCGUUAGAUGGAAUACGUAAAGAUGAAAUUGAGGGGAGAUUGCUUUGUAAAAAAUUUACUUUAACAUAAAAAAUAUUUGGUUUACAUCAUAUUAUGUUUAUAUCAGUUUUUUUUGAGUAAAAGUUACUUAUUUAUCAUUAAACAGGCCUAUAUUACUUGUUAUAACUGAUUACUUGCAAUACUUGUUUUGCAACUUUUGUUGCAAUAAAAAUGUAAAUUUUGAGAACAUUGAGCUAGAACACGAUCUAA